AUGUCCCGCUUCUCCCGCUACGAUACCGAUGACGAACGGCUGCCUGAGGGCAUGCAAAGAGUAGGCUACGACGCCGACACGCAGACGUACACAUACCGCGACUCGGAUGGCAGCUACUGGGAGGGCGCCCCAGGAAACGAAUAUGGCCAUUUAACACAGGUGUCAGGUGGAGGCCAUGCCUCCCGGCAUGCUCGGCAACCCGUCAUCGACCCUGACACUAGAGGACGGCUAUGGGAGGAAGAGCGGAAAAAUUGGCGACAGGGCUGGCAGCCUCUUCUAAACUUCUUCCUCAUAAUAGGGUUGUUUCUCAUGCUGCUCACCUGGUGGCUCUACCGGACUCCUUCGGAGGAACUGCCGCAGUGCGGUGGGCAGGCGGUGCCUUACAAGAUUUCCAAGGGCGAUACGUGCUGGGCCAUCGCGGAAGAGCAUAAAAUGAGUGUGGAGGACCUUGUCAAGGCCAACGACGGUCUGAACUGCGACAAGCUGCGACCUGGCAGUUCCAUAUGUGUGCCUUCAAUUAUUUAG